AUGGAGAUAGAGUGAGAUCAGGGGAAAAGAGAAAAAGGGAGAUUCAAUCUAAUGUAAUAUUAACUAAUGAGAUCCUAUAGUCUUUUUUAAUCCAACGGUUACGUUUAGUGGUUCACCGGUGAGGGACUUAAUAGAGUCCUCACCUUAGAAGCCACCACAAUUAUUACAGAGAUUGCAAAUUUAUAAAAAUGAGCACGAGAUUACCAGAAUAUCCCUGUGAAAUCAAAUUAUUUACAAUUCCAGUGCUGGAUCCAAAACCUCUUUCUUUGUUCGGAGAAUACAAACGUGCCAAGACGGUGACUGAACUGAACCAUUCCUAAACGGCAACGUUUUCUCUUCACAUUGACAUCCACGGCGGCGUCAGAUCCAUUUCACCACCGGCGAUCUCACCUUCACCGGUGGUAUAAGGUUCUCCAUACUUGUGCAAUAUAAGCUUAUGCUGGUCGUGUAACGCAAGAAGUUGAUGGCAUCUGGUGAAGGUGAUACUGGUGAAACGAUGGAGAUCCACGCAGAAGAUUCAUCUAGAACUGAGGAGAAUUUGUCUGAUUCUGAUACGAAUCGUGAAAGCAAAGAUGGAAGUAAUAUAAUUAUAAAUGCUGUAUUGGAAAAUGGCGUCUCUGAUGGAAAUGAAGGUUCGGGUGAUACUUAUGAUGAGCUUCUGCAAAUGGUUGUUGACUUGAAAUUUCAGAAUGAGUUUUUGAAGUCACAGUUUGAGGGGUUUAGCAAUGUUAACAGUGUAAGUAGUGAGUCUAGUAUACAGAAAGGAGUUGGUGACACGGAAGACCGGGAAUCUGACAUUGUGAAAGAACUUCAGGAAAGGAUAGAAUCGUUGAAUAAAGAAUUUUUGAUAGAAAAACAAACUAGAAUUGCAUCUGAAGAAGCUUUGAAACACCUUCAAGUUGUGUACUCAGAUGCAGAAGAAAAGGCCAAAGAUCUCGCCGAACAGCUUGUAGAAGCUCAAAAUAAGUUGGAACAUGAAAUAAAAGAACGUGAUGAGAAGUACUCUGAACUUGACGCCAAGUUAAAUAGGCUUCACAAAAGGGCAAAACAACGCAUUCAAGAGGUUCAAAAGGAAAAAGAUGACCUUGAGGCACGAUUCAAUGAGGUAAAUGAAUCUGCUGAGCGAGCAUCAUCCCAACAGUCAGCAUUGCAACAAGAGUUAGAGCGCACAAGGAAACAAGCAAAUGAAGCAUUGAAAGCCAUGGAUAGUGAUAGGCAACAAUUAAGAAGUGCAAACAACAAACUUCGAGAUACCAUUGAGGAUUUACGGCGUUCAUUGGAACCUAAAGAGACUGCUCUUGAGGCAUUGCAAUUGUCAGUAGCAGAAAAGGAACAGAUGCUGGAAAAUAUGAGAGGAUUGCUUCAAGCUGCCGACGAAAAAAGGCAAGCUUCACUAGCUGAGCUCUCUGCUAAACAUCAAAAGAAUAUAGAGAGUUUGGAGGCUCAACUUAAUGAUGCUUUGUCUGAUAGAAGUAAGGCAGACGAAUCCAUUUCUUCACUGCAGGUUCUAGUUGCAGAGAAAGAAUCUAGAAUUGCAGAGAUGGAGGCAGCAUCAACUGGGGAAGCAGCACGACUCAGAGCAGCCAUGGAAAGUGUGAAGGGGGAGAUUUCUCACCUAAAACAGGAGCAUGAAAAAGAAAGGGAAAGCUGGGAGACUGCAUCUCAUGCUCUUAAAGCAAAGCUCCAAAUUGCUGAGAGCAACUGUAUACGUGCAGAAGUUGAAAUAGCUAAAAUAAGAAGUCAGCUUGAGUCGGAGGUAUCUGCACAAGCCAAGAUCCUCGGUAUGCGAGAAGCUGAAUUGUUGGCUGCCAAAGAACAGAAAAGCAGUCUUGAGAGGGAAUUUUCUUCCUACAAAGCUCGUGCACAUGCACUUCUUCAAAAGAAGGAUGCAGACCUGGUUGCAGCUAAAGACUCUGAACAACUCAAAGCUCUUGAGGAGGCUCUUAAGGAGGCUGAAAAUGAAGUAUUAUCAAUAACAGAAGAAAGGGAUAGAGCUCUUCUGGAUCUUCAAUCUGCCAUGGCUAAUAAUGAGAAAGAACUUGCAGAAAGAGACACUGCUCUUGAAAAUGCCAAGCAACAGAUAAGGAGCUUAGAAACAAAGCUCGACUUACUUAGUGCUAAACACCUAAGAGAGAAAGAGGAAUGGGGGCUUAGCCUUCAAAAUGUAGAAGAAACAUGGAGAAUCAGAUGCGAGGCAAUGAAGGCCGAAAAUGAAGCAGCUGCUGCAGAAGAUAUGAAAAAGGAAUUGGAAGAGCUCAAACAGAGAUGUAAAAAAUUGAAGGAAGAACAUGCUUCAUUUCAUGAUCUUGCUGAUAGAAUGAUCGAGGAUAAAGACAAUGAAAUAUCCAGACUUUUAGAUGAAAAUAAGAAUCUUCGCCAGUCUCUUCAAUCAAGACCAACCGCCAGUCAAAAUGAUACUUACAACACAGCCUUGCAUAAAUUGGAUCCAACUAAUUUAAGUCCCUCAGAUGCUGAACAUCAAAUUCUGAUUUUGGCUAGACAACAAGCCCAGAGAGAGGAAGAGCUAGCUCAGUCACAGCGUCAUAUUUUAGCUCUUCAAGAAGAAAUUGAGGAGCUUGAACAUGAAAAUCGUCUCCACAGCCAACAGGAGGCAAUGUUAAAGUCUGAGCUUCGUAACAUGGAAAGAUCAAAGAAAAGGGAAGGUGUAGAUAUGACAUAUUUAAAAAAUAUUAUCUUAAAGCUUCUCGAGACAGGUGAAGUGGAAGUAUUGCUACCAGUUAUCGGGAUGCUGCUUCAGUUUAGUCCAGAGGAGAUGCAGAAAUGUCAACAGACAUAUCAAAACUCAAAAGAUGUUCCACCAAGUCCUGCAAGUGACACAUCAGGAUCUGGCCUCUCUCUUUUCUCAAGAUUCUCGUUUUCUUAAUGGCAUAAAUGAGAGUUAUGGAGAAUUCUUUUGUUGACAUUAGAAUGUCUGCUUCUGCCCUCCAGCUUCAGUGGAGUAUGUUUGCUUACUCAGGAAUCAGGUGUGUAUCUGUAAAUUAGAAAAUAUACAUUGGUUACAACAGCAAUUGUUCAGUGCAAGAAUUUGGUAACUGACAGCCUGUAAAGAAAAAUUGAGGAUAACAUACAACGAAAUAUCACAACAGGGAGGGAGAUCACACAUGAUGUUCUGCUUGUUAUCUGGCCUAGGGAGCUACGAUAUAGUUCAUUUUUUUAAGAUUGAUUGUUGAGUCAAAGCUAAUUGCCAGAGAAUUGUAUCAUAUUUCUUGAUAUAUGAAUUUUCAAUAUGACAAUGCCAAAGGAAUGAGAGUUCUCCUUGAGUUCAUAAUUACAAAUCAUAA